AUGGGGCCCCCCAGGAGUUUUGUUAGGCAGCUAGACAUUCCUGCUGUUGGGUUUGAACGGCCUGUCUUUAUUACUCGCGGUGCUGCUGCUGCUGCUGCUGCUGCUGCUGCUGCAGCUGCUGCUUCAUCUGCCGAUGCAUCUGCUGCUGGCUCUACUGUUGCUGCUGCUGUUGCUCCAGCUGCUGCUGCUUUUGCUGUCCAUGACGCAGCAGCACCAGCAGCAGCAGCAGCAGCAGCAAAAGAAGAAGACUUUGCUGCACGUGUUUGUGUGGGGGCCCUGGUGACGCUGGUACCCCCGGGGCCCCCCACCCCUCCUAGGGGGCCCCCGGGCUCCCCAGGGGCCCCCCAGGUCCUCUGCAGCGGCAGCAGCAGCUGCUGCUGCUGCAGCUACCCUGAAGCAGGAAGGACGGUUUGUCUUUCUUACAAUGCUUGGUUUGUGGGGGGCCCCCUGGGGGGCCCCCCACCGGGUCAGCAGACCCCAUGGGGGCCCCUGGGGGCCCCCCAGCUGCAGCAAACCCCAGGGGGCCCCCGGGGGGCCCCCCAGGAGCAGCAGACAUCUGGGGGCCCCCAGGGGGGCCCCCUGCUGCAGCAAGGACUGCCGAAGGAGGGGCCCUGGAGCAGCAAAGAGCUGCAGCAGCAGCACUUUCAAAAAACUCCUGCUGCUGCUGCAUCUCUUCUGGUUGCUGCUGUUGGUGAUGUCUCGCUGGGGCCUGGGCUCAGUGCGGCUCUGCAGUGCAUGCUCCCAGGGUUGUUGUUGCAGGAGAAGAGUGUUUGUUGCUGCUGGAGGCUGCAGCAGCACCACCGAGGCUGUUGCAGAAACGCAGCUACACCCCCGCAGCAGCAGCAGCAGCAGCAGCGCCAGCAGCAGCACCAGCAGCAGCGCCAGCAGCAGCAGCAGCAGCAGCAGCGCCAGCAGCAGCUGCAGCAGCAGCGCCAGCAACAGCAGCAGCAGCAGCGCCAGCAGCAGCAGCGCCAGCAGCAGCGCCAGAAGCAGCAGCACCAGCAGCAGCACCAGCACCAGCAGCAGCAGCGCCAGCAGCAGCAGCAGCAGCAGCAGCAGCAGCAGGAGCCAUGGUGUUGCUGCCAGCAGCAGAUGCUGCUGCUGCUGAUGCUGAGGAACCCCGUUGCUGCUGCUGCAGCAGCGAAGAAGCAUACAGCGGAGCUGACGAUCCCGACUCAGACGCAUGCAGCAGCGACAGCAGCAGCAGCAGCAGCAGCAGCAGCAACAGCAUGGUGUCUCCGUUGUCUCUCUACAGAAACAUAUACCGCAGCUGUCUCUUUCCUGCAGCAGCAGCAGCAGCAAUUGUAUCAGCAUAUGGGGUGGCACCCACCCUUCCCGCAGCCCGACCAACAUCAACAGCAGCAGCAACACCACCCCCACCCCCACCACCAGCAACAGCAGCAGCAACAGCAGCAGCAGCAGCAGCAACAGCAGCAGCAGCAGCAGCUGCAGCAUCUGCAGUGUUUGUAUAGAGAGACGAAGAGACAGAGCUGCUCGCUCCUCAGCCUGUCUCCUUAA